UGGUCCGCCUUAGUGUCGUCUCCAACAGAUCACAGUAGCGUAACGGUGGCUUCGGGACGCACUUUUUUGUAGGCGUGAGUCGAGGUCGUGGCGAAUAUAACAAACUAGAUACAACACUGAUGUAGGGGAACGCGGACCUCAGUAUAUGUUUGUAAUCUUGCAAGCAGAGGGUCACUGCACUCGUUUAUAUAUAAUGGAAAAACUAUAAUUCUGCUCUAUUACUGCUUGAAAUAGUGUUCUACUACUUAUAAAGUUACAAAGUUUCUUGAUACCUUUAGAGAGAGCUAAAGGAUCAAAGAAAUAAGCAGGAUCAUUAGUGAUCAAAUAUGACCACAGUUCCUGAGAAGCUCCUGGAACCACUGGAGGGAGGAAAGAUCAGAGAAAAACUGCGUGCAACCUGUAUGUCACGUUCCAGGAAAACUGAAGAUGAUCAAAAACGAGGACCUCUUAUGGUAAAACAUCCUGAAGGAGUGGCUGAAAUAAAGAAGACUAUGCUACAGGAAAACACUGUGUCAAUUAUAAACAUGACAAAUAAAAGAUCAUGUAGAACUCCUUCACCACCAAGAAGCUGUUCAAAACCUUCAACAAAUCUGACCAAAUUAGCGAGUUCUCCUGCUCUGAACCUUCUUUGUCCUGACAAGCCACACACAGAAGCAUUAGUACCAUCCAAGGGCAUCAAUCAGCCAUGUUCACAACCAUCAUCUCCAGGUCCUAUUCUAAGGUCCCCAAUCAGAGUUAAACCAGUUCCAAGACCACCAUCACCUUCAAUGCACUUGAAUGAAAGAAGAGCUUCAUCCCCAACAAGUGGGCCUAAUCAUGAAUUGAUGGAAAGAAUACGUGAGCAGAUCUCUAAAGUUCAACGAGCAAAGCUAUACUUAUUAAGACAACUUGGUCCAUGUUCUUUUUGGUUGUUGGAGACUUGCCAGACCAAAAAUAUAAAGUUAUUAUUGGACCUCAGACUUGCACGUGCGACCGAGGGCCCCAUUGUAUCCACGUGCUCUUUGUUAUGCUCCGGGUACUACAAAUAAAAGAAACAGACGUCCGGCUGUUCUCUAAGAGAUUGAAGAACUACGAGGUGGAAGAUUUUGUUCGAAAAUAUCAACUACGAAAAAAACGACGUUUAAGGAACGCGACUCCUAACGUUGAGGACAAACUGCCACCCCGACCUGCUGUAGUGAUAAGAAAUAUGAAGUCCCGCUCAGAAUCUUCUAUACCCGAAGCUGCGUCUUUGGAAAAACAACGGUAACUUGUAUUAGUUUUUCUUACCAGUAUAUUAAC